AUGGGUUAUUUAGGCCCAGAGAUUCUAACUGGUGGAAUCUAUGACACCAAAAGUGAUAUUUGGUCCUUGGGGUGUGUGCUGUAUGAGUUGUGUAUGCUUCAGGGUGCAUUCACUGCAGUGAACACAACGGACCUCAUUAAAAAAAUAUUGGGGGGUCCUUACCCAUCUCUACCAAAGAGCUUCUCACCGGAGCUCCGCGACCUUCUGUGUGACAUCUUCCAACAAGACCCGACCAUUAGGCCUUCAGUUGGUGACAUCAUGGCAAAACCCUUCAUUAUCAGUUUCCUCACAAAAAAGAGUGAGAAAACUGUGGAGGAACUCCAGACAACCUUGGACAAGCUGAGAACUCUGGCAGACGGCUUGGAGAGUAUGCACAAAGGCACCACCAUAGGCAGUCUGACGGGAGGUGUUAUUGGGGCAGCUGGAGGAAUCACCUCUAUAGUGGGGCUCAUCCUGGCUCCCUUCACUCUGGGCGCCUCCCUGAUCGUCACUGGUGUGGGUAUUGGGAUUGCUGUCGCUGGUGGAGCCACAGCAGGAGUAUCCAACAUCACCAACAUGGUCAAUCAGUCCACCGACCGCCUAGCCAUGAAGAACAUCAUCAAGGAGUUCCAGGAGAAGAUGAACUCUGUGGUCACAUCUCUACAAAACAUUGCUGAGGGUUUGGAGAUACUCAUGCAAAGUAGCUCUUCUAAGAUACAAAGUGCCGGUUUCAAUGUAGAGGCCGCUGUUAGUGCUGGGUUGAGGUCUGGGAAAGGCCUUGCGGGCACAAUAGAGCUCUUCAGAGUACUCCAGGUGGCCAAUAUUGGCAAGGUGGCAGCCCAAAGUGCCAGGGCAGUGCGUGUGGCAGAGGUGGCGACAGGAAUAUUUUCCGCUUUUUUUGUAGCUGUUGAUAUCUUCUUCAUCGCUAUGGAUGCCAGAGAGAUCCACAACAUCCGACAGGCAAAGGUGAAUGAACAGUCUGGUGAUACCAGUAAGUUAGAAGUGAUGGACACAGACUCCACCACUGAGCUGACCCCUGGAUGUGAAGAACCAAAGGCUGAGGUCAAGUCAGAGACCAUGAAGUUCAUCCAGACGAUCAGACAGACAGCUGAACAGCUACAGGAGAGCCUGGACGAACUGAGUGACGUCAUCUCGUUCAUUCCUAAGAUAUAG